CACGGUAGAUAGGGCUAGAGCAACUUAAGUUUGUCCAUUAGGUAAGCCACUAACCAAAAAAGAAAAAAGAAAAAGAAAGAAAGAAAACCCAGUUUGAGUUUUUAGGUUUUCUUUUUCUUUUGGGUUCAUGAGCAUGGAGAAGAGUAGGUCUUAUCCUGAAUACUCAUCAUCUUUUUCAGGCGAGUUCGGGUCGAAUUCAUACAGCUUCAAUGGACCUUAUCAGAAGGGUACUGGCUUUGCAACAUCAAGUGAUCCAGAGAUGAAGAGAAGGAAGAGAAUAGCAUCUUAUAAUGUCUUUACCAUGGAAGGAAAGCUUAAAUCUAGUGUAAGGAACAGCUUCAAAUGGAUCAAGAACAAGUUUAGUAGUACUGAUGUUCGUUAUGGUAUGUGAUUGGGUUGAUUCUAUAUAUAUAUAUAUGCAUGGAGUACAUAUUUGGUUUUGUCUACUUUCUCGGAUCAAAGAGAAAAAAAAAGAGAGGAAUUUUUAAUUUCUCUCAUGGGAAAGCAAAAAGAGUGUUAAGAAAUAUAGUUUUCUUCUUUAUUUAUCUUUCUGGAAUGGAAUAUGCAGAUGCCAUGCAUCGAUCAUUACAAGUUUGAUCAUGUGUAUGUUUGGAGAUUAAAAAAAAAAAUGGAAAAAAAGAAGCAGUGCUUUUCCCCAUA